AUGCAUAAAGUUAUAGCAGCUGCGAUUGACUCGAAUAUCCUCUCCGCCUCGGAAUCAUUUAUUGAUCAAUGUUGUGCUCAAAACGUUGAAUAUGCUCGAAAUUAUGAUGAGAAAAUCUAUGAUGUGCGUGCACCACCUUCGAAACACUUAGCGAUUGUCUGCUGUAUGGAUGCACGUCUAGAUGUUUUUCGAAUGCUUGGAUUAAAACCUGGCGAAGCGCAUAUUAUUCGAAAUGGUGGUGGUCGCAUUCGUGAUGCAGUUCGUUCACUUGUUUGUAGUCAAACAUUGUUACAAACCAAAGAAGUAAUGAUCAUCCAUCAUACAGAUUGUGGUUUUACAUAUUUUUCGAAUAAUGAUCAAGUGAUCACUGCUCUCAAGCUACAGCCCGGGACGAAUGUCGGCAAUUUACCUGUUUUUCAAACAGUACCUGGUCAAGUAUCAGCGAGCGAUCGACCAGAUUUCAUGCCAAUUGAAGAUUUAGAACAAUCUGUUCGAGAUGAUAUGGUCGAAUACAAACAGUAUCCAAUGCUCAACCAAAAUGUUACUGUACGAGGAUUUUUGUAUGAUACAAAAACCGGUUUACUCAAGGAGAUCAAAUAG